GCGGCAGCGAUGUUGCGAUUCGAACAAUAACUCUCGCUAAUUGUAAAGUUUUGUCUGUUUUGUCGCUGGUGGAGGGGGCACCAGAGCAGUCGCCAUGACAACGCUACCGACGCUUUUAUCCCGGCCGCCGGCUGAUGGUACACGGCGCGUUAUCAAAAGGCCGCACAGAAUUCCAAGGACUAAGCAUACAGCACCGGAGAUGACUGAAGUGAAGGCUAAGUUCCCAGAAGUGAAAUUUCAACAAGUCCAGGAAGUUCUAAAGCAUCAUGGCAAGAAAGGAUCCGUGAUAGAUGUCCGCGAGCCGCAGGAACUCAUCGAAGAUGGCAGAAUAAAAGGCUUCAUCAACAUUCCUUUGAAAGAUGUGCAGCAAGCAUUUUCGAUGCGUCCUGAGGAAUUCAAGCUUCAUUACAAUGCUGACAAGCCCGACCCCAAGAAAGAUGUCAUCUUUAGCUGUCGCUCUGGAAGAAGGGCAGUGAUGGCUGCAGAGAAACUACAGGAACUGGGCACCUAUCACAAAAUCAAGGUGUAUCCUGGAAGCUUUCAAGACUGGGUUUUGCACAAUGACUCUUCCUGGAAUUCAGCAGGGUCAAUUUGCUGAGUUGGAAUGAACGAAUGGGAAAUGUUUAUGUGCAGAAACAAAAUACCACACACGUGACCAUGUAAUUUGACAUAAAUGAUAAGCAGAGCAUGACGUGCAGUAAAUCUUUCCCUGACAUUCAGGGACUUCAACAAAACACCAGAUUUGCCAAUCGAAAGGGCACUGAAGGGAAAUCUCACCUGAACUAAAUUGGUAAAUUUUGCUUUUGCUUUUUUGAAUACCAAAAUGUUCAGUGUUACCAUAAGCAGAGUCCUGGUAAAGCUAGAAAGAACACAAUAACGAAAUAUGUGUGGCGACACUACCCUCACAUUCCAGCACCAUCUGUCUAUGAUGUCAUGAAUUUUUCCAUUGUCUCCAUGAGGUGGAAUGACCGUUUAUCAAUACAGAAAAAUUGCAUUGCAUGUUAAAGUACAAAAUGGCUUAACCUGGUAACUUUUGGGAACAUUUUCUUCAGAAAAACUGGUCAACUACAUGUAAAUACAGCAAAACAGUAAAUGUCACACUCAUAUCGCAAGCAUGUACGUGGGUUGGGCAUGAAAUUUAAAGAAUGGCCCUGUUGUCUCAUCUAACAGACUUUUCUUGCACCAAGUAAAGUUCUGAAAAAGC